AUGUGCCAAAAUCGAAUCUUACGUUAUCCAGAAGAAACGGCGGGAUUUGAUCCUGAAGAAUGGCUCCAACCGACAUCUCCAAAUGAUGGAACCAGUCCUCCAAAUCGGGUUAUAACAACGAGUGAGGUCACAAUUGAGAUUGGUUCUACAUCUUGCGAUACGAAUGGGCUGCCGAGAUCGUUUCGGCAGAACUCAACGGUCAAUGCCAGUUACUAUUUAGUUGGCUGGUACGGAGAUGAUGACCCCGAAAACCCUCGAAAUUGGAGUCUUACCAAAAAGCUCGCUCUGUACGCUAUUAUAUGUGUCUACGCAUUUUGUGUUUAUCUCGGUUCAUCUAUCUACACUGCGAGCACUGCCGGCGUUAUGAAGGAGUUCGGAGUGAACUAUGUACAGGCAACGCUUGGUUUGGCCAUGUAUAUACUUGGUUAUGGGAUUGGUCCUUUGCUAUGGUCCCCAUUGAGCGAAAUUCCAGCUGUCGGCCGUACCCCGCCGUACGUGCUCACAUUCGCGGUUUUUGUUGGUUUGUGCGUUGCAGCGGCCACGACAAAGAGUUUUGGCGGUCUUUGUAUCUCAAGAUUCCUUAUGGGUUUCUUUGGUUCGCCAGCUUUAACGACGGGUGCGGCAACCUUUCAAGAUCUGUUUGCUCCCAUCAAAAUGCCUUAUUUAUUGGCCCUUUGGGGUGGCUCGGCCACUCUCGGACCGGCUAUUGGUCCAGUCGUAGCUGGCUUCAGUGUUCCUAGAGAAGGCUGGCGUUGGUCACAAUGGGAAAUGCUUUGGUUUGCUGGCCCGCUUCUUGUCUGCCUCUUCAUCUUUCUGCCCGAGACCAAUCCAGAAAAUAUCCUAAUGCACCGAGCACAACGCCUACGCCGAAUAACGGGAUGCACAAAUAUCAAAUCGGAGUCAGAAAUUAAGCAAUCACACAUGUCUCCACGGGAGAUUGUAUACUAUGCUCUCAUUAAGCCAUGGGAAAUCAACGCACUGGACCCCUCCGUGCUUUUCACUACGAUCUAUAUAUCGCUGGUCUACGCUACUUUUUAUUCGUUUUUCGAGUCAUUCCCCUUGGUCUACCCCGUUAUAUACGGUUUCAAUGAGGGCCAAACCGGUCUGUCAUUUAUGUCUGUUAUCGUUGGAUUGGCGAUAUCAAUCCCUGCUUAUUGCAUAUAUUACUAUUUCUGGGUGGAACCAAGAGUCCUCAAAGAUGGUUGGGGUGAGCCCGAAGAUAGGCUUAAACCUGCCAUUCUUGGCUCUUACAUGAUUCCUGUGGGUGUGUUCAUAUUUGCAUGGACAACACGCCACAAUGUCCAUUGGAUGCCUGGUAUUGUUGGCGUGGGGAUCAACAACGCUGGGCAGUUUUUCAUUCUUCAGCCUGUAUUCAUGUAUCUGACAAUGACAUACCCUCAAUUCGCCGCCUCUUUGAUGGCUGCAAAUGACUUUGCAAGGAGUGCUUUAGCCGCGGGAGCUGUUCUUGUUUCACGGCCAAUGUUCACACACCUCGGCGUGCCAGGUGGAGUGAGUCUGCUGGGUGGUCUCAACGUUAUCUGCAUCGGAGGAGUAUACAUCAUGUACUACUUGGGACCAAAACUCAGGGCACGAAGUCGAUUUGCAGCAACUUAA